AUGGCCGAGCGACGUCUGAGAAAGGAACUGAAUGAGCUUUACAAGCAGCAGCCAAGGAACUGCUGCGCCUGGCCCGUCACUGGCGACUUGAUGCUGUGGGAGGCGGCCAUCUUGGGUGUCCGGGAUACGCCCUAUUAUCUGGGCGUGUUUUCGCUGCGACUGAAAUUUAAUAGCAACUAUCCGUUUGUGGCGCCGCGCGUUCACUUCCUCACUAAGAUCUACCAUUGCAACAUCGACUUCGAUGGCUACAUCUGCUGGGAUCUGCUGAGCACCAAGUGGACGGCCCUGAUCAAUGUCUCCACCAUAUUGCAUGCGGUGUGCGCGCUGAUGCGCGAGCCCAACACCGACGAUCCCUGUGACGAGAUGAUGGCGGCCCUCUAUCGGGACAACCGCACGGCGUAUUUCAAUAAUGCAAUUGAUUGGACGCUGCGCUAUGCGAUUGCACCAAGCAUGAAGCUGCCGCCACUGCAGCUGCCGUGCAAGUCGCUGAUGCUGGAUCAGCAGGACGAGCAUGGCCACGACCAUGGGCAGUCGGAGCCAAGUGACGGCGACACGAGCCAAGAGGAGCUAACGGACGAGUCUGUUUUCAUUAUUUAA